AUGCCAGUAAAGUUCAUGUCAAAGGCGGGCAUGUCAAAUUCUCUAGCCGAAUCUGCAGACUCCCUCGGUAUAGCUCCUAACAGUGGAAGCUCAUCGUCUGGAAUUCCAGCUUUCAAACCCGUCCGUUGCUCGGCAUUCCCUGCUCGACCUACAGACACUUUACUGUCCACAGCCGAUUGGAGUCUAGCCGGAUAUCCUGUGAAGAUGUCUGCGCGGUCCGUUGGUGAGGUGGUGUUGAUCACCCGAAUUAGGCAGAGCCUAAUACCUACUCGAGCUUCUCUUUCUCACGCACGCGACAAACCUGCGAAUCAAGCUUCUUCGAGCCCAAUCUUGGCGAACAGCGCUGUUGUCGACUCCUUUGCAGAUCCGCAGCGGGCAUGUAUGCGGGACCCGCGUUCUGUGGUCGCGAACCAGCCAUCGGAUGAGAAGCCUCUCGGAGACAGACCUUCCUCUGUCACUGGGGAGCGUCCUGUCCUAUUUUUCCUUGAAGAUCUUUCAGCCGAAGGAACAACCAGCCACCUAAAAUACCAUCACUUUGGCGGCCUGAAGCUUCCCUGGGCGAAGAGUAACCGCGGAACAUGCCAGUGGCAGGAUGGAGAAGGAUGUCAACCAUGCGGAAGAUGCGUGGAUUACGCGAGCUUCGGCAAACUGUUUGCCACUUGCGAAGCAGCGUGA